AUGAAAUCUUGCAUCAUUAUCCUUGCAAUUACUCUGGCUUCAGCAGUCAAUGCUUUGGCCUUUAAUAACACCUAAUACAGAUAAUAGGAAGAGUUGUCAUAAUAACAAUUCCUGGAGGAUUAAAAAAAAAGAGAUGAGUUGAUCGCUAGUAAAUUGAAACAUCAUUAUUUUCAAUAGAAAAUACCACCUGAAUUUCUCAUACCAAUUGGAGCUUGUGGAAUGUUUAACCCGCCACCUCAUUGUGGAGAAGCUUACAUCACAACAAAAGUCGGAAAUAUAAAAUGGUUAGGCUACGGCUCUGCCUGGAAACAGCAUAAAUUCAAUACUCCAAAAGUUUAAGGAAUUGAAGAUUUAUUCUAAAACAAACCGUGUGAAUAAUACGGAGAUUGUGUAUCAUAUGGUUAUAACCCUCCUAAAUAUCUUUUAAAGCAAUUAAAGAAAAGAUAGAUGAGAUAUCUUUGA